AUGUGUAGGGGGCUGGCAUCUUCAGCUAGCAGACCUCGUGAAGACAGUUGGUUAAAAUCGCUAUUUGUUCGCAAAGUCGAUCCAAGGAAAGAUGCUCACUCCAACCUUCUAGCCAAAAGAGAGACCAGCAGUCUGUAUAAACUACAGAUUCACAAUGUAAAACCAGAAUGUCUAGAAGCCUACAACAAGCUUUGUCAAGAGGUGCUGCCAAAGAUUCAUGAAGAAAAACACUACCCAUGUGCACUGGUGGGGACUUGGAACACGUGGUACGGAGAGCAAGAUCAGGCUGUUCAUCUGUGGAGAUACGAGGGAGGCUAUCCAGCUCUCAAUGAGGUCAUGAGUAAACUCCGUCAAAAUAAGGAGUUCACAGAGUUUCGCAAAGAAAGAGGUAACAUGCUUCUCUCACGCAAGAACCAAUUAUUGUUGGAGUUUAGUUUCUGGAACGAACCUGUUCCCAGAGAGGGGCCUAAUAUUUACGAAUUGAGAUCCUAUCAACUUAGACCUGGAACAAUGAUUGAGUGGGGAAAUUACUGGGCUCGUGCGAUUCGUUUCCGACAGGAUAAUAAUGAAGCAGUUGGAGGAUUUUUCUCACAAAUUGGACAGCUGUAUAUGGUUCAUCACCUUUGGGCUUACAAAGAUCUCCAAACCAGAGAAGAUAUAAGGAACGCUGCGUGGCAUAAACCUGGCUGGGAUGAACUAGUCUAUUACACAGUGCCCCUCAUUCAGGAAAUGGAGUCCAGAAUCAUGAUACCAUUGAAGAUUUCUCCGCUUCAGUAAAGUCACUGAUUUACUUGUGCCUACGUAGAUAAAGUGACAAGUAUUUGUCUUAAAUUAAUUUAUGGUAUACAUUGUAUAUCAUAGUCUGAAAUAUAAAAGUACUGUAUUGAGCUUAUAAAAAGAGACCUCUUUUCUUCAGAAUCUAAUGACAUUUUGCUCAUAGGAUUGUACCAGGAAGAAAAGAAAUACAGGACUGUAAUUAAAAGGUUGGUUAAUUGAAAACAAGUACAAAGACAUAUAAGUUCCUCUGUAAGACAGCUCCUCAGGUUCAGUAAGGCAUACAGUAUUUAAUAUCUUCUGCUAUAUAGACAAUGCCCAGUGUUCAGUAACAGCAACAGAAUGGAGUGUUAGGGUCGCUGUGGCCUUUGUGUAGCAUUA